AUGUUUGUUGGAUACGAAUACACCGAAGAUACUGAACUGUGUGAAGAUGAACUUUAUCAUGAGGAGUCAUCCAGUGAGCAGAGUGUUGAUAGUGAGGUAGAAUUUCACCUCUACAGCCAGAUCCACUAUUCCCAAAAUCUUGGGGAAAUCAGCACGCUGGAAAUGAAUGAGGAAGCUGAUGUCACAGGACUGACGGAUCAUAGCUCAGUUCUAACGGAGAAACAGUAUGAAGGCAAGAAAAUCGCUGAAUCCAGUGAUCGUGGUACUCGGAUUUCAGAUGACUCUGAGAUCAUCGUCUUGUCUGAUACACCAGAUGAAGACAGUGUUUACAAAAGCAAAGCAAAGAAGUCAUCAGGCUCUUUAGCUCAAGGUAGAAUGCACAACCACCCAGGAUCUUCCACACCAAACCAAGCUGGAGCUGCUGGAUGUAAUAUCCUGAAUCCUGAUGGGUCAGGCACAGAUAUUUCAAGGCGAAGAAAAAGCGGUCGUGGGAAGCUUCACCCAGUCAGUUCUCCUGGAGCUCUUGCCAUCCAAGAUGUGCUGGUAAUAGAUGAUAGCUCCGAUGAGGAGAGUUUGAUAUCUGAAAGCGAUAAUGUCGAGAGUUGGAUGCUUUUGGGAGCCGGUGCAGAUGACAGAGAUGAAGAUAUAAUGUUGAACCUUGAGGGCUGUGCAACUCCUGUCAGCGAAGGUUAG